GCACACGAGGACCUCCCCCCCCCCCAUCCCCACCCCGAACCGCGACGGAGCCCGAUCACCAUGGUGACCAUCGAGCUCACUUCGCUCAAGAAAGACCCUGAGGAGGGCGCCCACCCGUCGGGCCUCAACGGCGCCGGUGGCAAGACCGCCCCCGAUGGCGGCGCCCUCUCCCCUCCCCACAUCGACAGUGACAAGGACUCCAGCCGAGAGCCCUCCGGCGCGCUGGCCGCCACCUCGCCGACCGGCGCGCCAUCGGCCCCGGGCGAGGAGGCCCUCUCGCUGGACUCCAUCCGGGCCACCUGGCUGCCGCACGACAGCCCCGAUCACCCGGAGAAUGCGCGCGUCACGCCCCCCUCGCUGGCCAAGUACCCCACCUGGGUGCAGGGGCUCUACCGGAGCCUCUUCCCCCGGGCGCGGCCAGCCACCAAUGAGGUCAUCACCGCCAAGUACACCUACUGGAACUUCCUGCCGAAGAACAUCUUCUUCCAGUUCAACAACGUGGCCAUGACCUACUUUCUGCUGAUCAUCCUGCUGCAGGUGUUCUCGGCCCUCCGGGCAUGGCCCUUUGCCCUGACCCCCCUGCCCUUGGUGAUUGUCCUCGUGUCGGCCGCCGUCAAGGACCUCUACGAGGACAUCAAGCGCCACCGGAUCGACCGGUCGGUCAACUACUCGGCCACGCACAAGUUCGUGGACGGGCUCUUUGUCGAGACCCACUGGCGUGACAUCCGCCGCGGGGACAUCCUGCUGGUGGGCAAGAAUGAAACCUUCCCGGCGGACAUGCUGAUCCUGGCCACCAGCGACGGCGAGGCCCCGACCGGGGCCUUCUUCGUGGAAACCAAGAGCCUCGAUGGCGAGACCAAUCUCAAGCCGCGCUUCGCGCCGCGGGUCACCUCCGGCCUGCGCAGCCAGAUCACCCUGGCGGCCAUGCUCCGUGGCCCGGGGCUGCGGGUGUCCGUGCCGGCCCCCUCGUACGACAUGAACAGCCUGGAGGGCGUCAUCCAUGUGGGCGGCGCCACCGGCACCGGCACCACCACCCCCUUCAACAUCUCGUCGGUGGCCCUGCGCGGGUCGUCGCUGCGGACCACCGAGUGGGUCAUCGGCGUGGCCCUGUAUGUGGGCACCUCCACGCGCAUCGUCAAGCACACCAGCCUCCGGCCACACAAGCGCACCUCCAUGGACCGGAUUCUCAACCGGCAAAUCCUGGUUCUCCUGACAUGCACGGUGCUCCUGUGCGUGGUGGUGGGCGUGGUGCAUGGCGUGCGCAUGGCCCACCUGCUGGACAUCCAGCCGCCGGUGCCGUUCUUGUCGCUGCGCUGGACCAGCCCCGGGCUGGUGGGCUUCAUGGCGGUCUUCACCAUGAUGAUCAUCACGCAGAACAUCGUGCCGAUUGCCCUGUAUGCCAGUUUGGAAUUCAUCCGCCUCAUGCAGUCGUACUUCAUCCGGGAGGAUGAUGCGCUGCAGCACCGCAAGACCGGCGAACGGUGCAUCCCCCGGUCGUGGAAUAUCCACGACAAUCUGGGCCAAAUUGAGUAUAUCUUCACCGACAAGACCGGCACCCUGACCACCAAUGAGAUGCGCUUCCGCUUUUGCACGGUCAAUGGCCGGGCCUAUGGGAUGGAGAGUUCGGCGGACUUGCGCCGGACCCGGUCCAGCCCCAGCCUGGACCGCAUGACGGACUACCUGCAGGCGGACCCCUCGCGGCAGGCGCCGGAUUUGGAGCGCGGCGUGGCGUCCACCCGGCGCGCGGCGGCGGCGGCCGGCGGCUUCCUGCCCGGGAUGGUGGCCGACCACCACCCGGAGGAUGUCCUGCUGCCGAUGUCGGUGCUCAGCCCCAGCGGGGAGAUGGUUCUCAUUGAGACGGUGUCCGGGCCGCCCAGCUGGCAGGUGCAAAACCGGCAGAACCCCUGCUUCGCGGCGCACAUCGACUCGGAUUUCCACUUCGCCGAUCGCCACAUGGCCGAGCAUCUGAUGCAGUCGUACGACCUCCGGUGGUCUUCGCUGGCCGAGGCGGCCGAGCGCCUGACCCCGGACCAGUACCAUGUGGCUGUGUUGGCGGAAUUCCAACUGGCCCUGGCCCUGUGCCACUCGGUGCAGUCGGAGCUCCUGCCCCAUGGCGGGGAGGCCGACGACCGGGCGGAUGGCCAGCAUCAUCACCAUCAUGCUGGCGAUGAUGGGUGUCUGGCCGGCCACCGGCAUCAUCAUCACCACCCGGCCGACGGCCUGGCCGUCAUCGGCGGGGACACGGGGUCGGUCGGGUCGCGCGGCAGCAGCAGCCCCACCGACAGCGAUGACGACGAUCCGACCAUCGGGGAUGAUCCGCUGCAUGGGCGGUGCCGGCAUCGGGCGGCCAGCAGCAAGGCCGGGCCCGGGGCCGGGGCCGGGGCCGGGGUCGCCGGCAUGGUGCCCCCCUCGCCGUCGAUGGUGGCGGCGGCCGCGCAGCCGCACGACUAUUCCGGCGACGAUGCGGCCUUCCGGAUUGCCUACAGCGGGUCGUCCUCCGAUGAGACGAGUCUCGUCAAGGCGGCCAAGAACUUUGGGUAUGUCUUCCGGGAGCGCGAUCGCGACACGGUCAGCGUGACGGUCCUCGGGUCGCAAGUCCGGCGCUUCAACCAGCUGCACCAGGUGGACUUCGAUUCGACGCGCAAGAUGAUGUCGGUGGUGGUGACCCCGGCGGGGGCGACGGCGGCGACCGGCCCCGGGGCCGAGGACAUGGUUUAUGUCUACAGCAAGGGGGACGACAGUUCGAUCCUGCCGCGGUUGUCGACCGCCGCCGGGCGCAAUGACCCGGAGGCGGUGGCCGCCGCGCGGCAUGGGCUCCACCAGUACAGCCAGAUCGGCCUGCGGACCCUGUGCAUCGGGUAUCGGGCCAUGCGCCGGGCGGACUUCGAUGCCUGGAUGGCUCGGUAUCAGGCUGCCCUGGCCGAGGCGGAUGAUGGGUCCGGCCGGCGGGAUGCGCUGCUCGGCCGGCUGACUCGCGAGCUGGAAACCGACCUGACGCUGCUGGGCGUGACGGCCAUCGAGGAUCGCCUGCAGGACGGCGUGCCGGAGGCCCUGGAGCAGUUGCAACUGGCCGGCAUGAAUGUCUGGGUGCUGACCGGCGACAAGUGCACCACCGCCGUCAACAUCGCCACCGCCUGCCGGCUCAUCCGGCCGGGGGACAUGCUGCAUCCGAUCACCCGGGAUGUGGGUGCUUUGGCGGAGCUGGCGGCGGAGUUCCGGCUGGAUGCCGAUGCGCUGACGGGCCCCGGUGCCGAGGCCCCGAGCAUGGACCAGCUCCUGAGCCAGGCCGAGGCGGCGGUGAUGGCGGCGGCCAGCUCGGCCGGCGAGGGUGCCGCCUCCUCCCCCUCCGGGCAUGUGGCCGUGCUGGAUGGGACCUUCUUCGAGGGGCUGGCCCAGCACCAGGACCGGUUCCUGCGGCUGGCGCAGCACUUCCGGUCGGUCAUUUGCUGUCGGAUUUCGCCGCUGGAAAAGGCGGAGAUCGUGCGCCUGGUCAAGGAGUCGGACAUGCGCCGGGGGCUGACCCUGGCCAUUGGCGAUGGUGCCAAUGACGUGAGCAUGAUCCAAACGGCGCACAUCGGUGUCGGCAUCAGCGGCAAUGAGGGCCGCCAGGCGGUGGCCGCGUCGGAUUACAGCCUGGCGCGGUUCCGCUUCCUGCGGCGGCUGCUGCUGGUCCAUGGCCGGUGGUCGUACAGCCGCAUGACCGAGGCCAUGUACCUCUUCUUCCAGAAGAACUUCACCCUGACCUUCCCGAUGUUCAUGUACCAAAUUGUGUCCAUGGCCUCGGCGCAGAUGAUGUACCACUUUUCGUAUCAGAUGUUCUACAAUUUGGCCUUCACCUGCCUGCCGCCGAUUGUGGUGGCCAUCUUCGACCAGCCGAAUACCUCGCAAGCGGCGCUGCUCUUCCCGCAAUUGUAUCGCGACUACCACAAGCGCUUUUCCACGCGCAUGUUCUGGCUCAAUUGCCUGGACGGCCUGUUCCAGGGGCUGGUCUGCUUCACGGUGUACUUCAUGAUGCUGGCGGAUGAGCUGGCCGCGGUGACGUCGGCCGAUGGUCGGACCAUUGACCAGGUGGAUGCCGGGUUUGUGCUGAUCUCCUGCAUUGUGGGCUGCUGCCUGGUGACCUUCACCCUGCAAACCAACCACAUGUCCUGGCUCGGUGCUUCGGGGAUUGUCCUGUCGGCGGCCAUCUUCCUGGUGUACCAUGUGGUGGCGGCCUACUUGCCGAUUGUCUUCUUCUUCGAUCUGUAUGGCGUCAUGCCGAAUGCCUUCAGCACGCCGGGCUUCUGGCUGGUGCUGCUGCUGGUCCUGGUGACUGGCAUCCUGCCGCGGCUGGUGUAUUGCUCCUUCUCGAUUGUCUUCCUGCCGGAUGACCAGCAGCUGGUCCGGGAGCUGGAGCGCUCGGGCCAGCACCUGUCCUGCCCGUUGGCCGAUGGGUUCCUGGAAACCGGGGAGCUGACCCUCCUGCCGGUGGUCCCCUCGCGGGAGGAUCAGGACGAGCUGGCGGCCGGGGCGCUGUCCAGCCGCGCGAUGGUGGUGUGCUCGAUGGAUGCGCUGGCCCUGUUGAAGAGCGAGUGCCACUGCCCGGGGGCCCUGGUCGGGGCCCCGUGUGGGCAUCGGGUUUGCGUGUCCAUGGUGGCAGGCCACACGAGCAAGGAGGCCCUGCUGCUGGGGUCCGGCAAGGAGGCCGCCCUGGUGGCCGGGUCUGCCGGUGGCGGCGGCGGCCCGGCGGUGGAUGUGAUGCUGGCCACCGGGACGCCCCUGUCCGAGCACAAGUCCUCGGCCUUCUCCAGCAGCGCCAGCAGUGCCAGCAGCGCCGAUGGCGAUAUCGGCGGCGGUGGCGGCGUCGCGCCGGUGGCAAUCGCCGCCGCCGCCGCCACGGCCGCCGGCCCCAAGCAGCAGCAUCUGCCCGACAUCGCUGAGGCGGCCAUCCUGACUACCGGGCAGCAGCAGCCGCCGCCGUCCGACGGCGAUGAUGAUGGUGCUGGUGGCCAGGGCGUUGCUGGCGGUGAUGCCGAUGAUGCCCAUGGCGCCGGUGGUGGACCGGCUGCGGCCGGCGCGGCGGGGAUGAUGACCCCUUCGCCGGCCGGGCAGCAGCCGCCGCCGCCGCCCGCCGCCGCCGCCGCCCCGGCGGACCCGGCGGACGAGUCUCUGGCUGCCGAGAGCACGCGCGAGAUUCUGGCCAGCAGCGGCGACGAGGUGGUGGUGGUGGUGAGCGUCCCGGCGGCGGCCGGCGGUGGCGGUGAUGCCACCGGCCGGCGGAUGUCCAUCUCGCCGCUGCACAGCAGCGACAGCGACAGCAGCAGCGGCGACGAUGACGACGGUAGCAGCUCCUCCGACUCCAGCGGCUCGUCCGUCUGGAGCAGCUCCUCCGACGGGUCCUCCUUCACGACGCAGAACGGGUCGACGUCCUUCCUGACGUCGACCGACGAGUCGCUCGAUGUGAUGUCGCACAUGGCCCAUGGCGGUGCUCCUCCCCGGUAAGGGGGGCGGGCUGCGCAAGUCCCCUUCGUCACCCCACCUCCCCUCUUCUCCCCCAUGUACUUGGCGUCCUUCCUUUCUUUUCUCCCCCAUUUUCUUCCUCCCCUUCCCCCCUCCCUCCCGCGCGGCGGUGCACAUGCAACAAAUGCACAUGUGUGCGCCAGGCGGCGCGGGGGGCCGGAGGCGGCAGCGAGGGGAGGGGGUUGUGCGCGCGCGCACGCAAGGGGGGGCGCCGGGCCAGCCGCCCGCCCCCUUUAUUGUGGUGCUCGGUGCACACCUCACGCACACAGUUCCCUGCUGGUAAUCCCCCUCCCCUCCUGUCGCGGGCUCUCUUUCCCUUCUGCUGUAUUUCUCUCUUCCCCCCUUUUCCUCCCCGGGCCGCAGCGGCAGCGGCAGUGCGGCUAGCGGCGAGCCGUCCACGCGUCGGCGCGCAUCACGCUUCAUGCCUCUCCCCCUUCCUUUGUCCUUGUUCUCCCCCUUGUUUAGUUCUUCCCCCCACUGCUCCGCCCGGCUGCUGUGCAGCAUGCAGCACCGGGCGUGGUGCCCUUCUCUCCCUCUCCCCCUCUGUUUCCUGUCGCCCCGCCCUGCGAAUAGACAUUCUUCCCUC